CCGAGAGGUUGUACUGCUGACCUCUCUGCUGUAUCUAUAUAGCCACAGUUAAUAUACAUAAUAAUAAAGUACAUAUUAUACUCGAUCGAUCGCAACUAUAAAAGCGGGAUCAUAGCUCUGAAUACAGACAGUCACCCCAUUGAUCAAUAUGGAUACGGGUCGCAUACUUAUAAUGUUCGGGCUAAUUGCCGUCGCCGGGUGCUUGGUCAGCGCACAAGAAGCUGUGACCGAAAAUCCCGGAACUUAUGUGGACCGCACCAACGGUGUGGCAACAUCGAUACCCGGGACAAGGGACCCGAAGGAUGCAGGACCACACAAAACAAAGGUCAUCGUCAAUGGCCAAAUUGUAACCAGUUACCAAUUUCCAGCUGCUUAUGGCAGUAUAUUGCUAUUCAAUAACGGCGGAGAAGGAAGUUCCCAGUUGUUCGGCGAUUAUGAAACCUCUGUCGUCAACGGCGGUCUUCAGCUGCAAACUAGGGGCAAGAAGUACAAUUUCCCAGCAAAAGAAACCAGUGUGAAGAGUCAGGAGAAGGUCGACAUCGAUGGCAAAGAGGCUACACUGGAAUAUGAUAAUGGCAACAUCGUCAUCGAGCUGACUGAUGGCACCUUAUUUGCCAAAACUGAGGGAGGUCUUUUCAGUGGCAAUCGCCAGUCCUAUGUGAACCGUGCACAGAUCAAGGAGGCCGCUCUCAGGGAAGCAUCCCUGGGACAUAAUCAAGUGCGCCCUCAUGCCGUUCCCAACUAUGUGUAUAACCAAAGAGGCAAUACUUUCCUGCAAAAUGAAGCUGGGAGCAUCUACACCCGUCCCGAUGGCAAAACAGUGUUGGUUGGAGCCAAUGGUCAGACGAUUGUAACUGAUAGGGAUUCGAGCAGCGAUGAGGAUAAGGAUGAUAAUGAUGAUCAUUUUCAUUCGGGAUCAAAUAUUAUCAUCAAUGGCCAAUCUAUAGGCGGUGGAUCAUUUUCAACUGGUCAAGGCGGCGUAAUGCUAUUCAAUGACGGCGGUGAAGGGAGCACCCAGUUCUUUGGCAAUUACCAAAUCAAUAUCGUCAAUGGUGGCAUCCAGUUGAGAUCUGGCGGCAAGGUGUACAAUUUCCCGGCAAAGGAUCCCAGUGUGAAGAGUCAGGAGAAGAUCGAUAUUAACGGUAAUGAGGCUACACUGGAAUAUGAUAAUGGCAACAUCGUCAUCGAGCUGGCUGAUGGAACUGUAUUUGCCAAAACUGAGGAUGGUCUUUUCAGUGGCAAUCGUCAAUCGUAUGAGAACCGUGCACAGAUCAAGGAGAACGCUCUUAGAGAAGCAGCUCUGACGCAACAACGUGUGCAACAAGAGGUUGCAAAUAUACAGAGUCGUAUUCAGGCUGAAAUGAGAGAGCUUGAUGCAAAUCUACAGCGUACUCUGGGCAAUAUUGGUUUCUACUAGUAUUUUGCAUACCUGUAAUAUGUGAGUAGCUAUGCAUAAAUGUACUACUUACCUACAUAUACUUAUAUUUUUAUUAACGAACAAGCACGAAUAAAGCUUAUCAUUACGUUGAUUUAUUCAAUGA